AUGCGUUCUCUAAUACUUCUCUGCUUGUCAUUUUUCUCGCCAGAAGGUGAAUGCGAUCUACUAAGGGACAGCGUUCAUGUGACGUCGGCAGCAGCAAGGCCUAACAAUGAGUUAUGGUGUUACAAGUGUCUAGCAGACGUGCCUGACGACCGCUGUGCAGACCUUCGGCACAAUAACUCUGCUCUCAUCCACAAAUGUCACAAUGAUAGGAGGAUGUGCAUGGUCAAACGAUUCUCAUUCACUACGUCCACUGAAAAUUCUACGACACCGCCUAAAAUGUGGGCCCUCGAACGCAACUGCACCAAGCACUGUGAACCUGGCUGCAUCGUUAUAGGAGAGAGAACGAAGUUAUACGCCUGCACAUCAUGCUGCACUACUUCUCUUUGCAAUUACGGCUCCGGCGCUGAACAAAGAAUCUUUGACAUAUUUUUAAUUGCAGCUACUGCUAUGAUUCUAUCAUUAUGA